AUGUCACGAAAACUAAACUUUUUCCGAGAGGGCUCAACGACCUCAAUCAAUUCGGCCUCCAAAUUUCUAGCCGCUAUCCGGGGCAAAAUGGCUCAACCGGAUCAAACCAUGGUAUCUUUUGAUGUCGUUUCACUAUUUACAUCUUUCCCUCCGGACCCGGCACGCGACGUCCUACGCAAACGACUCGAAGAGAAAUACAAUGGAUGGAAGGGUCCUUUAAAAAUUGACUAUCUCAUGCAACUCUUUGUCUUCCGCCAAAGAAAUUGUUUCAGAUUCAAUCGCCAAACAUAUGAACAGACCAAAGGGACGCCAAUGGGAUCCCCAAUUUCCAGUCUCAUCGCAGAACUGGUCUUACAGGAGCUGGAAAAAGUCGCCUUCGACCAAUUUGAGCCUGCGUUCUGGUGCCGAUACGUGGACGACACUUUUGUUAUAAUCGAACGGAGCAGG